UCGUUCCUGCUGGCUUGGGUAUCGAGUCGAAUGUUUGAAUGAGGGCGGGCUUUGAUACGACCGGUCAGAAACAGCCAGCUUCGACACGAGAUUCCACGGCAUAACCCAAUCCCUUCGAGCGAAUAUAGCCGUCUGUGUGUGAGAGGACUUGGAGGCUGGCAGCAUUCUUGAAGGCACGUUUGUCCUGUCUGGAGGGGUAGCCUCACUCUGAAAUCUCCCUCCUAUCAUGCAACCGUACGACUUGAUCGGCCUGCUGGUCGCGGGCGGGUUUUUCGCGUUCUGGGAUGCGUUUGGCAUCGGUGCCAACGACGUGGCCAACUCGUUCGCCAACUCGGUGGCUGCGCGCACGAUCACGCUCAAGCAAGCGUGUAUCAUUGCCGUGUUCACCGAGUUCGGGGGUGCUGUCCUGAUGGGCGCCGAAACCACGGCCGCCAUCAAGAACAGCAUCAUUGACAUCAAGUUGUGGCAAGCGGUGCCGGAGCAGUUGAUGUUUGCGUUCAUGUGUGCGCUUGUGGCGUCGUCGUUCUGGGUCAUCACAGCGUCCAGGUUUGGGUUCCCCGUCUCGACGACCCACUCGAUUGUGGGUGCGAUUGCUGGUGCGGGUAUUGCCAAGUUUGGCUUCAGUGCGAUCAAUGCGUCCGAGUUCUGGAAGAUUGUCUUGUCCUGGGUGGUGUCGCCCGGCGUGGCUGGUGUAUUGGCGUCCAUCUUUUACUUGAUCACCAAGUUCACCGUGCUCAAAUCGCCCAACUCGCUGCAGCGCGGCCUGGCCUCCAUCCCGCUCUUCUUUAUGUUCACGCUCUCGAUCUGUUUGUUCUUCGUGAUCAACAAGGCGCCCAAGGGGAUCGACUUGUCCAAGGACGCGAACAACACGUCGGAGAACUGGACCAAGGUGUUGCUGAUCUCGCUCAUUGGCGGUGGCGUCGUCGUCGGACUGUUUGUGUGGCUGUUCAUCGUGCCGUACUUUCGCCGCCUGCUCGUGGACGAAGAAUCGUUGCGCUGGUACCACAUGCUCUACAUUCGGUGCGUGCCGACGCAGCCCAAGAUCGAAGACUUGGAGGCUUGGUUGGAAGGCCACGCGAGCAAGGUGAAGAAGGACGACGCCAAGUAUGCUGAGAUCGAGACCCCUGUGGUCGCCAACGCGGACGCGUUUGCCGUGGAAGACAAGCCGGAGGCCGAGACGAAGAAGAGCUGGUUGUCGAUGUUUACGCAUGGGGUGAACGUCGAUGUGGUGACGGUGGAAGGCGAGUUCAUGGAGAACAUGCAUGCGAAGGCGGAGAAGCACAGCAGCAAGACCGAGUACUUGUUUUCGUACUUGCAAGUGGCGACGGCUGCGUUUGCGUCGUUCGCGCACGGUUCGAACGAUGUGGCGAACGCGUCGGGUCCGUUCUCGGCCAUGUUGACGAUCUACGAGACGGCCAAGAUCCCUGGCAAGAACGUGCCUGUGCCUUUCUGGUUGUUGGCUGCCAUGGGGAUUGCGAUCGACUUGGGUCUCGUCUUGUACGGGUACAACAUCAUGAAGGUGUUGGGGAACCACAUCACGUACCAGUCGCCGUCGCGUGGGUUCACGAUGGAAUUGGGUGCGUCGUUUACGGUGAUUGUCGCGUCGUUCUUGGGUCUGCCUGUGUCGACGACGCACUGCAUCACGGGGUCGACGGUCGCCGUCGGGAUGUGCAACGGCGAGCUCUGGAGCAUCAACUGGCGCAUGGUGUUGUGGAUCAUCUUUUCGUGGGUGAUCACGUUGCCCAUUACGGCGACGAUUUCCGGUCUCCUCUUUUCCUUCAAGUACGGCUGGUAGAAUCAUGCCAUUAGAUGAUAGAUGCCAUUCGAGGCAACGCUGUUAACUUUAUGAAUUAUUGUCCUGUAUUGCUGCUACA